AUGGAGGAGCUUGAUCGGUAUAUUGGGGCCUCUCUGAAUCACGAGGAGCCUCUGAACCUCUCAGCAGAGCGCAGUGACCAGUCUCUUGAAGACUGUAACCAGUCUCUUGAAGACUGUAACCAGUCUCUUGAAGACUGUAACCAGUCACUUGAAGACUGUAACCAGUCUCUUGAAGACUGUAACCAGUCACUUGAAGACUGUAACCAGUCCCUUGAAGACUGUAACCAGUCACUUGAAGACUGUAACCAGUCCCUUGAAGACUGUGACCAGUCUCUUGAAGACUGUAACCAGUCACUUGAAGACUGUAACCAGUCCCUUGAAGACUGUAACCAGUCGCUUGAAGACUGUAACAUGUCCCUUGAAAACUGUAACCAGUCACUUGAAGACUGCCUAAUGCAGAAACGUAACAUUCAAGAAAGUAUAGAAGGAUACAAACGGUUUUCAUUUGAUGUAGGCCAAGUGCGGAAACGUAACGUUGAAGUAAGUAUAGAAGGAUACGAAAAUUUUUCAUCUCAUAUAGGCAUAGUGCGGAAACGUAACAUUCAAGAAAGUAUGGAAGGAUACGAACGGAUUUCAUUUGAUGUAGACCUAGCGCGUAAACGUAACGUUCAAAUAGCGGGACAAAGAGAAAAGGACUGGAUGGAUCAGGACAAAGAGAAAAGGACUGGAUGGAUCAGGACAAAGAGAAAAGGACUGGAUGGAUCAGGACAAAGAGAAAAUGACUGGAUGGAUCAGGACAAAGAGAAAAGGACUGGAUGGAUCAGGACAAAGAGAAAAGGACUGGAUGGAUCAGGACAAAGAGAAAGAAAGAUUGGAUGA